GGGUUUUUGUCCAGUUAAGACAUCUACAGCUGGGGAGUCGGUGCGAGUUGUCUCUUCCUGUGUGAACAUGGUGCGGACCAAAGCAGGCUAUGUCCCGGGAGCCUACAGAAAAGUGGUUGCUUCUGGAGCCCCCAGGAAGAUGCUUGGCUCCUACACCUUUGUCACAAAUUCUUCAUCGUGUUCCUCGAGAAAAGCUGAAAAUAAGUAUGCAGGAGGGAAUCCAGUCUGUGUGCACACAACUCCAAAGUGGCAAAAAGGCAUUGGAGAAUUCUUCAGGCUGUCCCCUAAAGACUCUGAAAAAGAGAACCAUGUUUCUGAAGAAGCCGGAGGCAGUGGCUUAGGAACAGCAAAGAGAAAAGCAUGUCCUUUGCAACCUGAUCACACAUAUGAAGAAAAAAAGCAUAGAACUUACUCAUCUGAAUAAUGUCUUCAGUUUACUUAGGUAUUCUGGGAUGUAAAUUUGGGUAGAUGUGUUUGUUCAUUUGACUUGCUGAAUAGGCUUUUAGUUAAUGGAAGGCACUAAAAUUUAGCCAUUCAAAAACAACUGGUUAUAAAAGGGAGACGUUUUAUAAUUUGUAAAUUAUAAUUGCAUACUUGAAUUUAUAACGUCAUGAUAUGUUGCUUCCUUUACCUGUUAAGCUUCUUGCUAAAAUCAACAUUGCAUGAUGU